GUGAGAAUGCAAGACUCUUUCUUACCGUGGCUCUUCCCUCUUGGUCCAACAAACCCCAGCCUCCAACUAAACCUAAUUGAUGUGCUUACCGAUGCUAGAGGAUUUAAAAGUCCCAAAAUUGAACCAUAUCUUCCCUAAAUGGCUGGAGAUACUGUUCAGCGUCUUGAAGGAGGCAAGUUGACGGGAGGGAGUUUCUUAUUUGAAAAGUAUCAUGGUUACGAUAGGAAGGCUGUGAAUGUGAAGCUAAGUCGUAGCAAGUCCUACAUUCUACGGCUUGUCUCGGUUGACACUUUUAUCUCACGACGAAGAGUAAGUAAGGAGUAAGGACCAAGGACCUAAUAAUAAAUAAGAACCUUUUCAUGGUGGAGUGUGAGAUACCCAAAUAUAUCAAAUACGAACAUUGCCUCGUUCCAUGUAAGUGAUUACUCUCACAAUUAAAUCAUCAAAAAUAUCCACAAAGCGAUCCGUAUGAAAAUAAACACAAAUCUCUAUCUAUCUAACCAGAAAGUGACUUUCUAUAACCAAGCUAAUCUACCUCGUACAUCUUAGCCGCGCCGCUCUCCAGAACUCAAUCACUCCGACUCACUCAGCAUACAAAAGAUUGGAAAUCCAAUCUGGGCACGGUCCAUCCUAGCGGACGACAACCACCGAUUCAUUCUUCCUGAACCUACCUGGUAUCUACUCUACUACACAUUAUCUCCUGUUUUGGAGUUUCCCAUCCUCAAUUCUAUAAUCCUUCAUUCAACAUCGACAUUAUACGUUCGAGUUGCAGCUCUUCUUAAAGCUGUGAAUCUCGACAUCAAUGACGCAGUUAUUUCACUCUUCAUCCCCGAAUUCUCUUCCUUCCAAUAACGAGAAGCGGAAUUUGUCCGGUUCCUCGAUGUCGUCGAAUAAGCAUUCCAAUGGCCAUAGUCCAUUUCCUCAGAAGUUGAAGAACUUCUUUCGAAUAAACAGUUCAGCAAAUCAUAGUGAGAAGAAUGAUCCAUCAAUAAAAUCAGAGAGCAAAUCAUCCUUUCGACAAUCCAAAUUCUUCCCUGGUGGUGGCCGAAAUCGAUCAACUACUAUAGCAAGUGAAGGCAAUCCAUUAGAUGACACCCUCAGUCCAACUGCACAUGCGAAUCCGUACUUUGCCCAUCAAGGUCCUCCUGCACUUCGACAUCAUGAUGAUGGGUCGAUACCCCCAAGCCCUCCCGAUACCCCAAGUUUCAAAGUCGAUACUGUUCAAGGUGUGAAUGAUCAAGCGACCGCAGCUGGCAAGGAAGAAUUGGCACGAAAAUUAAGAAGAGUCGCCAGUGCUCCUAAUGCACAAGGCUUGUUUUCAAACAAAGGUGAUGCUGAUCGUCCAGCUACUGCCGAGCUUGGAAAGGAACCUCUAGUACAUAAUGCCAGCACUACGAUGUUGAGUAUGGUUGAUGGUCAGGAUGGAGAAGAUGCUCUUGGCCCAGCCGUCGAAGACGACUUGGCACCCUUACAACCGCCGAGUCUGCGAAACAAUCCAGCCUUUAGGAGGACGUACAGCUCAAAUUCCAUAAAAGUACGCGAUGUUGAAGUUGGACCGGGGAGUUUUGACAAGAUUAAGUUGAUUGGAAAGGGAGAUGUUGGCAAGGUAUACUUGGUGAGAGAGAAGAAGAGCAGCAGGCUGUAUGCGAUGAAAGGUACGCAAUAUCACGAUAACGCAUUGUGUACUGGCUAAUUUGUGUUUAGUGUUGAGCAAACAAGAGAUGAUCAAGCGAAACAAGAUCAAGAGAGCAUUAGCGGAACAGGAAAUCUUGGCUACGAGCAAUCAUCCAUUUAUUGUCACUUUAUAUCACUCCUUUCAAUCCGAGGACCAUCUAUAUCUAUGCAUGGAAUAUUGCAGUGGUGGAGAAUUCUUUAGAGCUUUACAAACCCGACCAGGCAAAUGUAUACCAGAAGAUGACGCCAGAUUCUAUGCAGCAGAGGUUACUGCCGCAUUGGAGUAUUUACAUUUGAUGGGAUUCAUCUAUCGAGAUUUGAAACCUGAAAGUAAGUUGUUUCUUUUCAAAUAUCAGGCGUGCAGUGUUAACGAGUCUAGAUAUCUUACUUCAUCAAUCCGGUCAUAUCAUGUUGUCGGACUUUGAUCUUUCGAAACAAUCCGCCCCUGGUGGAAAACCAACAAUGAUUCUUGGCCGAAACGGCACGAACGUAAACUCACUACCAACGAUCGAUACAAAGUCAUGUAUCGCAAAUUUUCGAACAAAUUCUUUCGUUGGAACUGAAGAGUACAUUGCGCCAGAAGUCAUCAAGGGAUGUGGACAUACAAGUGCAGUUGAUUGGUGGACGUUAGGAAUCUUGAUUUAUGAGAUGUUGUUUGGUACAACACCUUUCAAAGGAAAGAAUCGUAAUGCUACAUUUGCGAAUAUUCUAAGGGAUGAUGUUCCUUUCCCAGAACAUUCAGGGUCUCCUCAAGUUUCAAAGUCGGUUACACUAACAUGAUGAUUUUUCUAAAUGCUGACAUCUUCUAGCCUUUGUAAGUCGGUAAUCAGAAAACUUCUAAUCAAAGACGAAAAUCGACGAUUGGGGGCUCGAGCAGGAGCUUCUGACGUCAAAACUCAUCCCUUCUUCCGCACAACCCAAUGGGCGCUCAUUAGACAUAUGAAACCCCCGAUGAUUCCCCACCAAGGUCGCGGUAUUGACACGGUCAAUUUCAGAAAUGUCAAAGAAAGCGAAAGUGUUGAUAUUAGUGGAGCAAGACCUUUGACAUCAGCUAAAGGAGUGCCACUUGAUUCUGGCCUGUCAACACCUGGUGCAGCUGAACUCGAGGUCGAUCCAUUUGAAGAAUUUAAUAGCGUCACACUGCAUCAUGAUGGUGAUGACCAUCAUCAACACGAAGAUCAACAUAAUGGAAGAUAUGAUGGAAGGUGAUUAUUGGAUCUGGAGUUUGCCAUGCCGGAGGAAAAUGUUGAUCGUCUAUACUAUAUGAUGGAUUUUUAGAGCAGUCGCUUGGAUGAUUGAUAGCACCAAAAACCUCUCGCGAGCAUAUUUUAAUAAGCUAUUUCUUUGAAUGGGAGAACCGGAUAAUGCCAAUACAUGGCAUGCGUUUUGAUAUUCGGUGGGAAGACGAGUGUUUUCAAGAAAAGACACUAUACGAGAUUAACACUACACAAAUUUUACCUGUUUCUCUUUGUAAAUACUGAAUUUGGGAGAUGGGAGCCGAAAGAACAGGGAUAAGGAAUUGGAAUUUGGAACUUCCGAGGCAAAGGGAAAAAGAAUUUAGGAAUUUGUGUUUUCUUUUCAUUUUUUUUUCUUCUGAAUUUUCGGUCCGUUGUUUGGACUGUGUUUAUUAGCAAAGAUUGGGAUUCAUUGUGGGAUAUGGUGCGUACGGGGCAAGAGAUUGGCGUACUGCUAUUGUUUUUAUUUUGAUGGCUACUACUAUGAUUGGGAGAUGAAGAUGGUGAUGGUUGAUGGGUGAUGGGUACGGGGGAGAAGGUAGAGGGUAGUGUGUGAGGUAGGCAUUCGGCGAGGAGGAUGGAUUGGAUUGGAUUGGAUUGGGUUGGGUGAUGAAUUGAUUGAUAGGUUGAUAGAAAUUCUACAUCUUGUGCUAUGAAGG